GAAAAAGGCUGUUUCAUUUGUUUCAUUCUGUUUAGAAAAGGAAGACCAGUGUCUUAUGCCUGAAGCCUGGAAUGUGGACCAGGGAGUAAUUACCAAACUCAAGGAACAAUACAAAAAGGAGAGAAAGGGGAAAAAGGGGGUGAAGAGAAAAACUACUGAAGAUCUGUUUCAGCCUCUAUCCUAUAUAAAACAGUCAAAACAGGGAUGUGGGAGAAUGAAGAAUCAAAGUUUAGGGCCCAAUAGGUCAAAACUACAAGAUAUGCUUGCUAAUUUGAGAGAUGUUGAUGAAAUUCCUUCAUUGCAGCCAUCUGUGGGUUCACCUUCCAGACCCAAUAGCUCCAGACUUCCUGAACAUGAAAUUAAUAGGGCAGAUGAAGUGUAAGCAUUGACAUUUCCUCCUUCUUCUGGAAAGUCAUUCAUCAUGGGAGCAGAUGAAGCCCUUGAAAGUGAACUGGGACUUGGAGAACUAGCAGGCCUUACAGUGGCCAAUGAAGCAGACUCACUAACUUACGAUAUAACAUCCCUGAGGACCUCAGAGACCCUUUCUACGUUGACCAGUAUGAGCAGGAGCACAUUAAACCGCCUGUUAUCAAGCUUCUCCUGUCCAGCAAGCUGUACUGCCGUGUCUGCAGCCUCAUCCUGAAAGGGGACCAGGUGGCCGCCUUACAGGGACACCAGUCUGUCAUCCAGGCCCUGUCCCGGAAAGGGAUCUAUGUGAUGGAGAGUGAUGACACCCCUGUGACAGAGUCCGACCUCAGUCGCGUACCCAUAAAAAUGAGUGCCCACAUGGCGAUGGUGG